ACACGUGGUGGAAAGCAAAAGUAUGUUGCUCAAAAUAAGUCCACUUUCUCUAGCUCGAGUGUAGUACCUCAAGCCUCAAAUAUCUUCGGUGCAACUAAUCGCGAACAUACCCUCUCUUGCUCAGGUGCAGGACAAGGAUCGGCAGCAGAACUUCAACUUUCAGUUGUUGAGCUACUUCAGCAAAUCACUGUGCGAACAGACAACGCACAAGCAAGCUCAAUGGUUAUCAUUAUUAGAAUACCAUUGGAACAGUUAAAUUUAAAGGCUUUCAGGAAACCUUGUGCUACGGAGUUGAUAUAUGCAUUUUAA